AUGGUUGAGCUAUCGACAGGUAUGUUGGUGGUUAUCCUCCUGGCUAGCAUGGUGGCGGGCUGCAGAAUAUCUGAGCUCAUGUGCAGGAACGGAAAGUGUGUACCCUCGGACCUCUAUUGCAACGGCAUCAAUGACUGCGAAGACGGGUCCGAUGAACCCAAGUACUGCACCGUGUGCAACCGAACAUACUACGGAGAAAGUGGACGCACAUAUUCAAUGAGUUUGAAGCCACCACGCCAGGACAGGCUUCCAUUCCUCUGCCAUAUCACAUUCACUGCCAAUGGGAACGAAUAUGGUGAUAUAAUACAGCUGAUGCUGGACAAGUUCGCGGUGGGGCGGCUGGACGGGGACUGCCAGGACGGCUACAUGUCGGUGGCGGAGCUGGGGCGCCCCUUCUCGGAGGGGGGGUGGUGCGGUGAGGCCGCCGAGCCGGCCCUCUACUACUCUGAGAGCACCACCCUCACAGUACAAGUUCCUGCGAUCGCCAGAAGCCGUUUCAAGACUCGGGAGCCUCCAGUCCCCAGUGGAGCGAGGGGUACACGUCCCUGGUUCGCACUGAAGAAAUGCCAGGUCCAAAGUCCAAACUAUCCUGGUCUAUAUCCAAGAAACGUUACCUGCGAAUACACUAUAAAGCAGAAGACUGUACCAACAUGUAAGCACGCUAUGAUUGCUGUGAGAAAUAACGUUUUAAGGCUACGAAGGUCUGUAGCUGGACUAAAUAAGACUGUAGCUUAUACCAAGCGGCCAUGCUCUUCGACGGAAGAUCGGUUACUGUUCUUCAACACGGGCGACACAGUGCCAUUGGCCGAGUAUUGCGGAGGAGGGCUUUUACCUCACGUCAUAUCCCGCGGCCCUUCCUUGACCGUCGUUUUUUCUUCUUCCCCGUACGCUUCUCCUCAACCAGGACCAGAACACGGUUUUUCACUUUCGAUUGAUGUCAUAUUCGCUGACUCCGACUCGCUUGACUUCGCAAGAGGAAGCAAGUGUGAGUUUUUCGUAAAUGGAACAAAAAGUAGCCGUGGACAAGUCAUCAGCCCCAGGCAUAGCCUUCCACCAAACAUAACCUGUAACUAUCGGCUUUGGGGAGCCUCAUAUCAUAGGGUUUGGAUUUACUUUGCUGCCUACACCCUUCCCCAGGCUGGGGCUAAUUGCAGCGUGCGAAUGAAGUUGAACGAGGUGGGUGGAAAUCUGUUGGAGGACACAUGUGGAACACCGAGGCUUUGUGACCAUUCAGCUCUUCGUAACUCUAGUCGCGAAACUCGACCUUGUAGUUUACAGCAGGAAUCUUAUCUAUCAAGAAUGAAUAAACUGAAUUUUGAUUAUAAGUCUGCAGAAGGUACUGCUGUAACUCCAGCAAACUUCAAGUUUUACUAUGAAUUUGUAGAUACCAGGCUUGGUGGAGAGGGAAUGAAGGGAGCUGGUCCUUGUGCUAGAAUAUUCAGGUGUAAGACUGUGAUUGAUUCUAAUACAAGGCAGCCUAUCUGUGUACCAACAGGACAUCGGUCUGUACAGCUAACUGUGUACGACUUGCCAUGGAAUGAUGUUCGUCUUGAGAAAGGUUGCCAUUGUGACAAUACUGUGAUAUCCAAAACGACUGAUGGCCAUGUCAGUUUUACUUCAUCUGGACAGAUUCUGGAACUUACCUUCAUAGUGUCAUCUUUUAAUGUUACAGAAGACUUUCAAGAUAUUUAUUUUGAAGGAACUUACAGAUUUGUCAAGUUUGAUGCUUGCCCCCGACGUCAGAGGGUAAGUGGUUCUGGCGGCGAAAUAAGAAUGACAGCGAGGCCAACUGACAGAGAUGACCUCCAUUGCUUAAGACUGCCUUGGCUGGUCGAAGCUAAUCGAAAUAGAUCACUCUUCCUUCUCACAUGGGGUCACUUCCUCUCACCAACUGAUUCUGCAGAUGCAUGCCAUACAACAAACAGAGUCCUUAUUUACACAGGACUACCGUUGAAGCUUCUGCGGGUCGUAUGCCCAGCUACAGAAAAGGAAAAGGAGUUUGCUGUCCAUGUUUUUUCAGAGGAUUGGACAAGCGGAUGGUCACCUGGACCUCCAUCUUUUCUUGUACGUCUCAUUGGAAGUGAACAAGGCACAGCUCAUCUGAACUGGCUUGAAAUAUCUCGUUCACGUUCUUUUUCUGCUAGCCUCACUGGAACAAAUGGCAAUGUUUCAACUUGGGAAUGUAAACACAGAUGUCCUGAAUUAGAUGCCUGCAUCAGUCCAGCAUUGUAUUGUGAUGGACACAUUAAUUGUCCUUCAGGUUUUGAUGAAGAUAAUCCUGAUUGUGGAGUGACAACAAAACUACUCUCCGCUCUCACUGACCGACGUAUGGUGGUUAUUACAGCCGCUGGCGCACUUAUAGCAUUUGUCACACUUCUGUGCCUGUUCGUAGCAUGCCGACAACGUAGGCCACACCCUGCUGCCUCAAAACCUUCCUGA